AUGUCACACUACGACGACGACAGACCACGUCGCCAACGCAGUACCAAAGAGCGUUCUCGGAGAGACGAUUAUGAAGAUACCGUCUAUGAUGAGAACUCUCGAGACACCCGUGUAGUCCGACGGCGGGACGACAGUGUCUCAUCUGUCGAGGAGGUUUCCAGAGAUUUCGCCCCGGGUGAUCGCGGUGGUGCCUACUAUCGCGAGACUACCGUGCGCAAAAGUGGUCACCGACCAAUCCGUGCCCGGUCCAGUGAUGAUUUUUACGAUGAUCGCUAUGAUGAUCGUUCUUAUGCAACUUCUCGCAGGAGGGAUGACGAUUAUACCGUGGUCUCCAAAUACAAACGCCGUGAUGACGAUGAACGAAGUCAGCGAAGUCGCCACCACAGAAGACGAAGCUCUUACUCCGACUACUCCUCGCGGAGCCGCAGUCGCAGCCGCACUCCACCUAAAAAGGACCGGAGGAAGUCCACCACUGAAGAACUCCUGGGGACCCUUGGCUUGGGUGGCCUGGCUGCCACUGUAUUGGGCAAGAAGUCAGACAAGGACAAGAACAGGUCCAGAUCUCGCUCUAGUGAACGCAGUAAACGAAGUCGGAGUCGUGGGGGUCGGCGCAGAUCAUCCUCUGAUACCUCUCGUGCUCGAAACAAGAGCCGAGGACCAAGCAAAGCUCAAGUCUCCCAAGCAAUCAAAGCUGCAGUUCUAGCUGGAGCUGGAGAGGCCUUCCGCGCCCGUGGAGAUAAAGGCGGCUGGGGUGGUGAAAAAGGCAAGCGAAUUUUGACUGCUGCCUUCGCCGCUGGUGGUGUCGAUGGAUUGAUCUCCAGCAAUCGCGAGCGAGAUGAUCACAAGAAACGUGACAUUGUCGGUUCUGCCUUGGCUGGUUUGGCGGCUACUCGUGUCAUCAAUGGCCCUCGCGACAAAUCUCGAGGUCGCGAGGCCAGUCCAGAUUCACGUGGCAGAAGCCAGUCCCGGGGUGGCGGUCUUCGUGAUCUUGCUGCUGGUGGUGUUCUGGCAACUACUGCAAAGAAAGUCUACGACUCGGUGCGCUCCAGGUCUCGUGGACCCGCGAAAGAUGAGAGACGUGGUCGCUCUCGCUCUCGAAGCUCCUCAUAUGAUAGCCGUUAUGAUCGCAGCCCCCCCAAGCGCUCGCGCAGUCAAAGCGUGGGAGCCUUUGCGGCCAAAGGUCUGGCAGCAAUAGGUCUGAAAGAUGCCGCGGACAAGGUUGAUCCUGAACGUCGCAAGUCAAAGCAAAAUUAUGACGACUACUAUGACGAUCGCUCCAGUCGGAACGGAGGAUAUGGAUACAAUGAUUCUGGAAAUGUAGGUACCAUUCAAUCCCAUCAUCACGAUCAGCCCUAUGGCGGUCCACGUGCUAUGAGCUUGCCCCGAGCGCCGCCUCCUGGCUACGAGCUUGAUUUUGGACCCCGUCAUACCGGUGAUCCGGAAACAGACUCCGAUUCUGACCUUGGAUCCAGUACCGACGAUGAAAAACAAAUAAAAAAGAGUCGCAAGAAGCUCUUGCUCACGGGUGGUCUCGCAACCGUGGCAACUAUUCAUGCGGCCCACAGCGUAUAUGGGAGUAUGGAGAAGAGGGAAGAAAGGAAGAAGGCGCUCAGAGAAGGAGAUAUCAGUCCGGAACAAGCUAGGAAGGAAAAGAAUAAAAACCGCAUGCAAGACGUUGCAAGCAUCGGUAUUGCUGCCCUUGGUCUCAAAGGGGCCUACAGCGAACUGAAAGAGACUCGCAACACGUCGAAAGAAGUUGACGAGGAGAAAGAGAAGCGAAAAAGGCAUGCGGAAAAACGAGAGGCUCGACGACGGAAGGCUAGUAUGGUCGGUUCACACAGCUAUGCCGACUCGUCGUACAUGAAUUCAAUGCCCAACCUCAGCACUCUGCCACCCGAACCCUACCACCCAGGGCCGCCCUACGGACAACAACCCUACAGCACAGGUGGUUCAUUCUUGUACUCGGACGACAAUCCGUACGGAGCUUUGACACAAAAUCACCAGUAUGCCCCUUCUCCGCCACCGCCACCCCCGGGGUCAGGCUAUUACCCGACACCGGGCGUCCCUCGAGCGGAAACACGUUAA